CUCUUCAUACACGCACACAUAUACACAACACGCAUACACUUACACAUACAAAAUCAAACAAACAUAGAAAUUUGUUAUAAAAUUUAAUUCUCGAAUAAAUUGCAACUGCAAUGGAUGAUGACAUUAAUUUAGAUUGCCUGGCGCCGCCAAGCACAAACACCUUUGCCAUACCGAAUGAGCCAGAUCUAUUGGUGGAAUAUGAGCUAUACAAGGCAUCGAUGGGCACCAGACUGCUCAACAGCGAGUGCAAUCGCGAAACCUUCUCCGAGGCAUUUAUUGAGCACGAACGCUUGGGCACCUUGGCUGAUCUGUGUGUUCGUGCUCUGGCCAAGCUUGGCACUCGUCAUAUUGCACCUCCUGUGAGGCAGGAUCCACUCAAGCUGCGCAUCCAUUACGACUCUCUGGAUGUGAAUCUGCCACUGAAGGAUUGUUACUUUGUGGAGGACUUGAGGUUUUGGCGUCGCGUCGUCUUGGCCAAGAGUGCGGACACGACGCUGGUGUUCAAGAAGAUCGACGACUACGAUUGGCGUGGCAUGGGCAUCAGCUUGAAGUAUGUGGAACUGGUCGAGGCCUGUCCAGCUGAGUAUUGGCCAGAGAAGCAAAUGGCUGAUUUGGCUGCCUUGGUGCGUCAACAUGUUCGUAGUCUGCACAUUAGACACCUGCAGUCGAUGACGGAGAACUCGUUCGCACACUAUGUGGAAAGUGACCCGGAACUGGAUGUGACCUCCGAUGAAUCGGAUGCGCUGCCCAUAUCCAGUGAUGAAUGCGACUCCAUUGACGAGGAGGCCGAGCAGGAAGACGACAGCGAGAGAUCGUCUACUGAUGUCAUGCCAUUGAAAAGGGCUUCGUCAGUGCGCAUUUCAAUAAAGAAGACUGUGAUUGAAAUCGAUAGAGGUGAGAGUGUGACAACCUUGUUGGAAGCCGAUAAAGCCCAACUGCGGAGACGAGAGGCAAGAGCAGCACGGAAUACAGCACGGCGACAGUUGCGAAAUUUGCAGCAAGAGAAGCAAAGAGAACACGAGAGGCGCAAACAAAAUCGCGCGUUGUUGAGAAAACUACCGGAACCUGCUCCGGCGUCUAAAAAGAAACGGAAGCAGAAGCUCAAGGGUGUAUUUGACAUGAUUGUGGCGCCGGAACCGGAUGAAGGUGACGAUGACAUCGCCGACAAGCGUAACAAACACAAGCUAUUGGAUCGCAUCCAUCGCUAUGAUUAUCCGUCCAAACAUUGUCAUCACAUCGAUCUACGUUUUGUCCGUUUCUUUGAUAUGCUUGACUCGCUGACACUCGAGUUCCUGGGCCCCGAAAUGGAGCGUGACUAUCACAAGCGACACAUGAACUUCUCCACCGACGACAUGGUGCAUCUGGCAAUGGGAUUGGUCACUUUGCAACAGCUAAAAACAUUUCGUUUGCGCAACAGCCGCAUGGAUGCCAUGAAGAUGCUGAUUGUGACACGAGCUCUGAGGCAGAUAAAUGCUCUGGAAGUGGUUGACUUUGGCUAUGAUCAGCUUGAGGAUGAUUCCAGUGUGGGCUUGGAAAUGCUGCUGGAUCGUCGAGUGAUGAUUAAACAACUGGAGUUGGAGUACAAUAAACUGGGCAAGAAAUCGGUGGACUCAAUCAGCUUCGCACUUAAAUGUCAUACCGAAAAUAACCCGAAUGGAACACCGUUGCAGUACUUGGGAUUAGCACACAAUCUCCUCGGAGAUACCUUCAUUAGCCAUCUAAUCUACAACUUGGCGGACACAAAUCACAUACAGGAACUGAACAUUAAUGGUGCCGGGGGAUCACCUCAUGCAAUUCUGCGAGAUGUCUGCCAUUUGCUGAGGGGGCAUGCACCACUGCGUCGCCUGUGGAUGGCAGGCAUUGACUUGCAGUACCAUGACACCAAUGAUCUCAUAUGCAGCCUGUUUACCAACAAAAAUGUGGUGGAGUUUGAUUGUCGAGGUUGCGGCCUCGAUGACGAUGAGGAAUACGAGGCGGAUGUCAUUGUGCGGCGCAAUAAAUAUCAAGGAGAGCACGCGUCUCUCCCGACUGCACUUGCAACGGAAAAUGGCUUUGAGAAUUAUCUGACUAAUCUGCGACAUCCGAUAGUAAAAAGAAUCGAGAAUGGUAUGGCUCAACGGGCAGAGUGCGUUCGAUUGCGUCCCUCGAGGUCAAGCAGUGUGUCCAGUGUGAAGGAGGAGGAGCAAGAAGAGCAUCAGGAGCAGGAAUACGACAUUUGGAAAGUGUUGGGUGUUAACCAACCACCAACCACCAACUACCAAGAAGUCGACCAAGAUUCCAUCUCCCUUGUAGCCAGUGACCAGUCAUUUGUCUAUAAUCCCAGUUUGUUCGAUUUGGAUCAAGUUCGUGAGCACAUGCACCUGCCAGGACCUGGAGAUCGUUACUAUUAUUUCCAAAAGCAAACGCGUCUUCAUCAUUGAAAAGAUGGUUUAUUUUGUGUGGUUCAAAGCAAAAAAAAAAUAAAACAUUCAGCAUCCAAGUAAAAUAACAAACAAAA